UGGCGCAUGCGCAGCAGAGUACAGUCUCACAGUGGAGGAGGUUGAUCCGUGGAAACAAGGAGAGUGGGCUUACUGUUGUGUCCGGACUCCGUGGGACGGUUCGUUCAGAUGUGUUUGUUUCAUGACUUCUCUUGAGGUUGGAGUCCUCAGGGAGCGAGAUGACCAUCCAGACCUAGUGAGACGUUUCCCCUCAGCUGAAGCCGCCAGCUGGUCCUCCAUCCACAUGUUUCUAUAAAAACCACUUUCUGAAACGUUGUUUCAUACAAAGAGACAAACCUCCAACAUGGACAACCUGAUAGACUUUGAUCAGCCAUCAGCGGCCUCGUCUCUCUGCGUGGAGCCUCAUCACCAGGCCCACUCGGACGUUUUCUCCCCCGAGCCACGGGCGUCCGUUCAUCAGGCCCCGUUCCUACCAGAACCUCUGGCUCCAACCAGAACCGGCUCCCAGCGUGCGGACGGACGCAACGAGGACAGCGACGCCACGGAGUCUGCGGACAGCGAGAAUGACAUGGACCCACCGUCUCUUGACUGGGAACUGAGGCGGUCAUCCUCCUCGUCGGCUCACAGCGGCGAGGACGCAGACGCCGAGACGAUAGAGAGGAGGCAGUUCAUGAAGGCCUACAUGGAGAAGGUGUUUCACGGAAAGGAGGACUUUGAUCAGGAAGAGAAGGCGAGGUUUGGAGAGCUGUGCAGCGGAGAGAACGGAAAAGGCAGGGAAUGGUUUGCCAAAUACGUCAGCGCCCAGCGCUGCCACUCCAAAUGUGUGAGCGAAGCCACUUUCUACAGGCUGGUCCAGUCAUUUGCCGUUGUUCUGUUUGAAUGUUACCAGAUGGACGACUACAGCCCGGCGAAAAACCUCAUGACCAUGUGCUUCACAUUUUACUACAUCGGAAAGUGCCCGCCGUCUCCCUCUGACCUGCUGGACCGCGGUAACCCACAGGCAGGCCUGGACUCGUACCUGAACAAGGCGAACUCCUGGCUGUCGGGGAAGAAAGACGCUGCAGAGCGCCUUCUGAAAAACACAUCGAAAACUGACGUCAAAGGCUUCUUCGGAGGCCUGGAGAGCAAACUGAGGAGCACGAUGACUCCCAGGUCUGAUGAAGGCACCGUUGAAAUGAAGCCCAAAUCACCAGGAUCAGAGGCCCCAGAAGAGAAGAAGGGAGAAAAGAUUUAUCUGUACACUCACCUGAAACAGCAGCCCAUCUGGCACACGCUCAGGUUCUGGAACGCGGCGUUCUUCGACGCCGUCCACUGCGAGCGGACAAAGAGAUCUCCGACCACAAGUGGAGCGCAGGACGCAGAGAAAGACAAGAGGGAGAAGUGGCAUCACUUGACCCCGAAGGAGAGAGAAGAAAGCUUGAAAAUCGAUGAGAACAUCACUUUUGGCCAGCUGGGGACUUUCACCCACAACAUGCUGGCGUUCGGUCUGAGUAAGAAGCUCUGUAACGACUUCCUGAAGAAGCAGGCGGUCAUCGGGAACCUGAACGAAGAGCAAUACCAGCUGCUGAGCGACCAUAUUGAGAAGAUGGCGGCGGAGUGAGUCGGAGAUCAGUGCCGGUUUCCUUCCAGUUUGACGUCAUUUCUGUGUUUAUGUGGUCCAGUGCUGAGAAAUACCGUCUGCAAACUGCUGGAAUAUGAACAAUAUUAUAUUAAAUACGCCAUAAAGUCUGCAUCCACUGUUCACGUGAAGGUGUCGCGUAUCCCUGUCAGACUCGUUUGGUGUUUUGAAAUGUCUCAUUAAGGAUUCAGCAUGCCGUGAUCUGAUGUUCAGACGUUUAUUUGAUUUGAUUUGAUUUUAUUCCUGUUCUGUGGAUUUCCUUCUUAAACUGACAAGAUGUUGACAUAAUUUAGAAAUUCAAGCUUCAAUCUGCACUGCAAAAACAUAAAGUCUUAGUAAUUUUAGUGUUGUUUCAAUAUCUUAAGACCAAGUUAUAAGUAACUUUUCAACAAGAUAUUGGAGCUUGUAUUAAGUAAUUAAUUCCUUAUUGUUCCAUCGGCAGAUUAUUUCACAACAUGGGAAAAAUGUCUUGUGAAAUAAGUAUUUUUACAUCAAUAUUAAGGAACAAGCUCUAACAUUUUGCUGAAAAGUUCAUUUUAAGUUAGUUUUGUUUUUUCAACUUUACUAAGAUAUUUGUGCCAGAAACUUGACCAAAAAAACUUGGUAAAAUUUUGCGUUUUUGCAGUGCAGUCUUUUAAAGGCUCACAUUCCGCUAACCAAACAACAAAAACAAAAAAGGGAGGAUUAAGAUGUGAAAUUGUGACAUUUUGUUCUGCUUUUAGCAGCUUUAGCCGCCUCACAGACACACAGAUUUUCCCGCCUGCUAAGUGCCUUCUGUGGAUCGUUACUCCCGAACCUCGCCGCGCUUCCCUUCCUCCUCCGGGAGGCUUCAUCAGCCUGGCUGUGAGUGUCGUGUCCGGCCCGCCUGCCGGGUCCCGCUGCAUGCUGCAUGUCCAAACCCAGUGACUGAACUGUGAGGUAGCUGCUGUGACUUUGUCCUGCCACUAAGGGGCAGCAUUGCGUCAGAACCGUGACCUUCGUUAAUAUUUCUGGUGUAAAUAUGAUGCUAAAUGUGGAAAAAUCAUCUGUGGCGCCCCCAUGUGGUUCUUCUGUGAAGUGAAAGCAUUUUUUUUUGUUUCCAUUGAUCCGGUGAAGAAGGAUCGACCCAUUCAGAGUAGAAAUGUAACUGUAUCUGUUGUGUUGUAUUUGUCGACUCUCUAUAAACCAUUUGCACUAAAUUUACGCUCUUCAUGUACAUCCAAAAGUGUUUCUGGAUUCCAAGUGGAGCUGUCCAAUGUGUUCAAUGUUAAAUUAAUGUAAUAACAUUUAAAAACAAGGUGAUUAAAUUGUGAUUAUGUUUUAAAAAAA